UAUCGCCCCUCGAAAAACCUAGCGCAGCAGUCUGUCGCCAUGGACGCAUCCGUGAUCAAAGGUGUGGAAGGUCUGGAAUUGAACGGUAGUGAUGCAGCGAUUCGAAAGAGCAGCAUUAGAAGGAUUGCGGUUGAGGGAUACGAUAUCUCCUCUCGUAAGGAUGUUGUUGAAGAGGGCCUGAGAAAACACUUGGCAUCACGUGGAAUAAAGCUAAUACAUGCUUUUGCUCACGAACUCGACUUCAAUCGUACCAUUCUCUGCAGAUGCGGAUUAAUCUAUGUUAACGAAGAAGAUGAAGAAAAGGCGUUGACGUGUGAUGGAAGUGACAUGGGAGGAAGUAUUUUACGAGUUACGGCUUACCCUUUUGACAGCAAUCGCCUUGACCAUUUCUUUGCUACUCCCGAAGCACAAGACAAAUACCGACAGCGCGUGUUGAAUGUUACAGGAUUUGAUACUUGCCUUGCUGAGGAUAAGGUCGAGGAGAUGGCACGUUCGGUUUUCCCUGGAUCCUAUUGUUCUGUUUUGGGGGAAGUGGUUUUCGUUCAUCUCCGUGGAAAAGAUGCUAUUGAAAAGGCUCUGAAACUUAGCGGACGUUCUGCGGGAGGCUUUAAUCUUGUUGUUAAUGCUGUCCUCCCACUAAGAAAGGAUGGCGGCGGUGGCGUCUCUCUCGCACGUAGGUUGGCUAUGGCUGAGAAAGAUGAAGCAGCUAGGUUGGCUGAAGCAGCUAGGUUGGCUAAGGGUAAGAGAACUAAAGCAGCUAGGUUGGCUAAGGCUGAGACAGCUAAAGCAGCUAGGUUGGCUAUGGCUGAGAAAGAUAAAGCAAUUCUAUCUGAGGGAAAUCAGAAGUCGAUCAUGACUACCGACUAGAAAUCUCUCUCUCUCUCUCUCUCUCUCUCUCCCUCUCUCUCAAAUGCUGUCUCGUGUUAUUAACUUGUCUUGCAAUGCCACCUCCUUCUUUUCUCUUUUCUGGAUGUUGAAUGUUAUGUUUUGUCUGGAUUUUAAAUAUGUUUUUAUGCGCGCGUGUUGGUUUUUAUGAUAAAACUCUGUAAUAACACUGACAAACUUGGUUGUCCAAUCAAGUUUUUACUAACUUAAAAAGACUUAAGGUUAACA